AUGGAAUGCCCGAAAGUCAAGAGAAAGAACCAGUCAAGAACGUACAAGGCUACAGGCGUGCUAGCCGGAGAAUCGCCGCUUGUAAAAAGCGAAAAGCAUGCGCGUUACAAUCAGGAAUGCGGACAAGGCGAUCGAUCUCCCAAGCGCACGAGACUCGAAAGUAGUACCGAUCUUAUCAUGGCGACAUCUUCAAAGUUCACAACCACUGAAAGCUUUUCAGAUGUGUUUCCAGACCUAAACGACCUCUGCAAGCGAGUGAUCGAUGUACUGUGUUCUUCGGAUGACAGACUGCUACAAGGCUAUGGCAGUUUUAUCGAUCAAAAGUUUGUCAAGCAUGAGCUUCCUGAAAUCCUGUCGGAAUGUAUUGACGUCGUGAUCCAAAAUUUGCAGGGCAAGUCUUUGACCGUUGAAGCAAUGCAAGAAGUCAAAUGUCGGCAAAGCUUGCGAAAGUGUAUGUUCAAUGGUGCAGGAGGCUACCUGGAUAUCCUUACCGAUGCUCGUGACUAUGACUAUCUUAAGUUCUACGUUGGUUAA